UAUAGUGGGAAUUUCAUAUAUAAAAGCAAUCAUCGGAAUUUUAAAAGUAUCACUGUGUCAUCAACCAUACAUUCAUCUGCAUCUCAUUAAAGAACCAUGAAACAAGCUAUUGUGAUCUGUUCAAUUUUAGGAUUAGCGGCAUGCGCUAGCCUUAAUUCACAAUACUUGCCACCAGGCAGACCCCAAGGUGGUGCCUUUGGCGGUGCUUCAGGAGGCAGGUUUUCUGGUGGAUCUUCAUCAUUUGGUGGCAGCGGUGGCAGCGGUGGUCGCGGUGGCGCACAAGUUCCCAUUCUUCGCCUUGACAACAACAACAAUGGUGACGGUUCGUACAAUUAUGCUUACGAAACUGGAAACGGUAUUGCCGCUCAAGAAAGAGGUCAGCUGACAAGUCCUGACGCUUUGGCUGCCGACGGGUCCUUUUCGUUCACAUCACCCGACGGACAGCAAUUUACCAUCACCUACACCGCUGAUGAAAAUGGCUUCCAUCCUCAAGGUGCCCAUUUGCCCACACCUCCACCAAUCCCUGAUGCCAUUUUGAGGUCCAUUGAACAAAACAGAGCCGAAGAAGCAAGCGGUGGAUACCAAGGAGGUUCAGGGGGUGGCCAAUACGGUGGAUCUUCAUCUGGAGGUUUCGGAGGACAGCAGGGAUAUAGAUAUUAGAAUUUCAUUUAAGUAGAUAGGAUUAUUGUAU